GAAAAAAAACAGAUAAAAACCUGAGAGAUCGUCGAUCGAUUUUGUUGAUAUAAAGCACCGAAUGGAAUGAAUGUAGAGUGAGUGGAUUUCAGCAAUGAAAAGCGUCUUCUCGGCGCCCGGAGAUUACGUCUACUUCAAGUCCCAAGUCCCUCUUCACAAGAUCCCCAUUGGCACCAAGCAGUGGCGAUAUUAUGAUUUUGGUCCCAAAGUGGUUCCUCCACUCAUAUGUCUCCCUGGUACUGCAGGGACAGCAGAUGUCUACUACAAACAGAUCAUGUCGUUGUCCAUGAAGGGUUACCGGGUGAUUUCCGUUGACAUUCCCUGUGUUUGGAAUCAUCAAGAGUGGAUUCAAAGUUUUGAAAAGUUCUUGGAUGCCAUCGAUGUUCAUCAUAUACAUAUGUAUGGGACAUCCCUCGGAGGCUUCCUAGCACAACUUUUUGCUCAACAUCGUCCUAGACGUGUUAAAUCCUUAAUUCUAUCGAAUACAUUUUUGGAGACACGCACUUUUGCAGCAGCAAUGCCUUGGGCACCUAUCGUUGGUUGGGCCCCCUCUUUUUUGUUGAAACGAUACAUCCUAACAGGAAUCCGUGAUGGCCCUCAUGAACCUUUUAUUGCUGAUUCUGUGGACUUUGUUGUUUCACAGGUUGAAGCACUCUCAAGAGAUGACUUGGCAUCCAGGUUGACUUUGACGGUUGACAAUGCUUCAGUUAAACCACUUCUACUUUCAGAUUCGUUAAUUACUAUAAUGGAUACGAACGACUACUCAUCAAUUCCUCAAGAACUCAAAGAUCAGCUGGGUGAGAGGUACCCGGGUUCAAGGCGAGCUUAUCUGAAAACAGGAGGUGAUUUCCCCUUUCUUUCCCGUCCGGAUGAAGUAAAUCUGCAUCUUCAGCUGCACCUAAGACGGGUUGGAUUAGAAGCUCACCCGGAGUUGGUCCAAAGUAUCCCGAAAGACGACACUGGUGGGAGCCACAGCAAAGAAAAUGAUGAGAAGGAUGAUGAAGACGGCCCGAAAGAUAACGGGGCAACCCUGAAAGUAACUGAAGAAAGCCAAUCAUCUCCUUAGGCUCCAGAAAGCUCAGAAUUUCAUGGCCUAGAUGAUCAGCUACUCAACAAUGCCGGAACUCAUCACGAAAACUCGGUUGUUUUGAGACAUUCGGCAAUGUUGAUGAAUCGACACGAUGCAGCCACUCAAAUCCUGCUUCAGUCGACUUGGGAGUUAUUUAUUGCCUCUUUGCUUCCCCUUUGUGUGGGUUCAUUGUACAUUUCUUCUAAUAAUGCUUGGAAAUUCAUACGACUGAUGUAAAUAGAGCAUACAUUAGCAGUUUCUUUUCGUUGUUUGUUCAUAUACAAACAUUGUUGCAAACAACCCUAGUUUUCCUUUGACAAUGUUGUACCUGUUUCAUUACUUCAGAGUUCCUUUAUUAUU